AUGAUGACCAGGAGAAUGUUGUCUGAAGAAAAGAGCAAGAAGAUGGAAGCUGAGCUCAAUGAACUGAGGGCACUGACAGAUAGGCUUCUUGAAGAACGCGAUGUAUAUGAAAUGGAAAUGCAGGCGCUCAAGACUUCACGAAUGACAUUAAAAGGGAAAUUUGAUGAAAUUCGACGAUUUUGUGAAGAAUUAGAAAAAGAGUGCAAACGAAAGGAAUUAAUUAUAGAGAGCUUCCGAGAAAAUCACCAGGAACACGAAGACGCCUUAGACCGUAUCAGAUUUCUUGAAAGACAGGUAAAGGAAUCAAAUCCUGAAGUUGCAUCAUUACACGAACAAAGCGGAAGUUACGACCACCUAACGACCUUGUCACUCCGUGAUGAACUAGCUCUGGGAGACAGGAAUGUAUGCAACAGUAAAUUAUGCAGCACUAAAUCGCAAGACCCAAGAUUUUCCAAAUUAACCAACCUGAUAAGAAAGAAAUCGAAAACUCUUAAGAAAGUAAAAUCAGAAAAAUUAAAUUUACACAAGGACAAGGUGAAGAUGGCCGAACAAGUGAAAGAUCUAGAGUUAGAUCUUCAGUCGCGAACUAAAGACCUACUUUCUACGCAGAAACAACUAGAAGAACUUUCAGCUGCAACUAAUGAGCUUUUAAAGCUGGGUACUGAGUAUAGAGAACUUACUCAAGUCCUUCUUCACGAUGAGCUUAGUGAAACAAAUGGUCCAGUAGAAAUAAAUCAGACUCCGUCCCCACCACCCACAUUAUCAACGCAACCAACACGUGCAUCGUAUGCCAGCGUUGCUGCAGGAAAACGUGUCUGCUCCACUACAACUGUUGAAGUUCGACACAGUCAACGGUCAACCAAGACUAUUAGAACUCCGACCAGGCCAUCCAGAAGAACGGUGUUCGAGUGGGACCGGAGCAUCCAAGACACGAUUCUGUCCUCUUUCUUUUGGGGCUACAUCGUGCUGCAAAUCCCGGCGGGCAUAUUGGCUGGCAAGUAUGGAGGCAAGCAUCUCGUCUUCGGCGCCAUGUUCAUCACCGGUAUCGUCAACUUGUUCGUGCCGUUAGCAGCCACUUAUGGUGGAUGGAUGGCAGUCUGCGCUUGUAGAAUCCUGAUGGGCCUAUCGCAAGGCGCGUUAUACCCCAGCAUUCAUGGCAUCCUUGGGCAGUGGGCGCCAAUCACAGAAAGAAGUCGGAUGGGCACCUUCGUCUAUGCAGGGUCUCAGCUAGGAACUAUAAUCGAGAUGAUGACAGCGGGUGUCCUUUCCGCCAGCAAGUUCGGUUGGCCGUCCGUCUACUACGUGGCCGGCAUUACCUGUCUCGCCUGGUCCACCCUUUGGUUCACCCUCGGAGCCUCCACUCCUGGAACUCACAGGUGGAUUUCAAAGGAAGAACGAAAAUAUAUCGAAACAAAUUCUGGAUCGACUGAUAUUAAUCAGACUGCGAACAUGUCAACUCCCUGGAAGGCGAUCAUGACCUCUCUCCCGUUCUGGGCUAUCAUUAUAGCCCACAGCGGUCAGUCACUGGGCUUCUGGACACUUCUAACAGAGAUGCCGUCCUAUAUGAGCAAAGUCCUUGGCGUCGAUAUUAAAAGUAAUGGUCUCUUUUCGGCGCUGCCGUACGCAGCGAUGUAUAUACUCAGCUUCGUGUUCAGUUGGCUGGCGGAAUUCCUCGUCAACAGAAACAUUAUCAAACUCAGCACUUCUCGGAAACUUUUCAACACUAUCGCAUUCUGGGGUCCCGGAGCAGCUCUGCUGGUCCUCGCGUAUCUUCCUGCUGGUAACCUCACGCUGGCUGUAGCAAUUCUCACAGUCACCGUUGGUCUGAAUGGUGCUCACUAUGUUGGGUUCUUGAUCUCACACAUCGACCUGUCCCCGAACUUCGCCAGCACGUUGAUGGGUAUCACCAAUGGAGCGGGGAACAUUUUCUCCAUAAUGGCACCACUUAGCGUCAGUGUUAUCGUGAAAGACGAGACCAGUGCUGCAGAAUGGAGGAAAGUGUUCUUCCUCUCCAUAGGAUUUUACUUUUUGGCCAACUUGUUCUACCUGCUCUUCAUGUCUGGUGAGGUACAAUAUUGGAACGAGCCUCAGCCCAAUGGCACUGUUGAGGACGGUAUCAAUAUGAAAGAAAAGAAGAAGGAUUCUGAUGUCAGUAAGAACAAAAAUUCGACAGGCGAUUCGAAGUUUUAAAAAAUUUCAAAGUAUAUUUUUGCUAGUCAAUACAGAUACCAGUUAUAUAUAAAGACAAAACUAAAAUGACAAAUUUGUUUAAACAAUGGAUGAGACAUUUUAUUUGGCGAAAACAAGGAUAGUUUGUAACAUUUUCUAACCCAAAAAUGUUAACCGCUAUUACUGUAGUAUAAUUAUUUUGCAAGAAAGUGUAUUUUUAAAGGUAAAGGGUUAUGCCCCGUUAUUUGGUAUCACUAUAAUUUAAAAAGUACAAUAAGGCUGUGUGCUAAACAAUAUUAUAUUUUUAAGGACAAAAUAUUUUCUCAAACAUUCCUGAAAUUAUUCGCAUUAUUUUUAAAUAAAGAACACACAAAGUUUGUCGUUUAUGGGCCAAUUUGUUCGCUGACAGCAGCGGAAGAGAAACAUAUAGGUCUUUUUAAAUCUAUCCACUAACCCUGAACUAUAACAGACUAAAGAAUAACUGUCAUACAACCAACUGCCACUAGCAUCAAUAUCAUUAAUUACGACAAUUAAAAAAGAAACAACUGCAUUACUGACAAUUAUAAUACCAUUGUAUUACUUUUUGCCUAUUAUUAUGGUGUACGAAAGAAUGAAUGAAAUAAGAUUGACAAAACAGAGUUAUAACGUGAGAAUGAGCGGGCAACUUGAUAUGGGCCGAACAAACAGAACUUACCACGCCCAAAUUGAGGACAUCCGAAAAGCCAAGUUAAGUGUACUCUUAACCGACGGCAUGUAUGAAAGCACUGAUGCGUGUUGAGUGUUGUGUCUACUAGGGAUGCGCGACUUGAAAUGUUACUAAUACUUAUUAUUCGAAUGGGCAAAUCAUUCGUCUAAGUCGAAUCGGAGCACAAUCAUUCGACUCUAGUCGGGUGAUUACCGAUACCGUCGGGUGCAUGGUCGAAUGAAUAUUAAGUCGGAACUACUCGGAAGCAUUCACCAUGUCUAUUAUCAAUCCCUGUCCCCAUUGACUUACAAUUAUAUGGACGUCGGGUCCGCGCUAAAAAGUGUCCGCACUUGUAAGGCGCUAAAAUCGUAUACAGAGCGCGACACUCCGCUUUAGUCUUCAUUUGUUCUAC